UUCCCACACCGACGGCGGAAUCAACCAUGCAAGACGACAGCCAGCAGCUCGUCUGGAGCAAUCGGGGUGCAGUCAGGGUCAGGCUUCUGGGACACCUUGACUCUCAGCUAGGAGGAGACGGGCAUCGAACUAGAAACCUUCCCUUUAACAGCCAACCCAGUCUACCUCCUGAGCUAAAUGCCUAUUGCAGGCCUAACACAUGAAUGUUGUUUUCGGGGCUUGGCUUCGAAAUCGAAAAUGAAAGAAUGGCUCAAGAUUAGUUCAACUCCAUUUGUGUUGAGGAGCAGGCAACACAACACUGGACAGAGCCAAGCUUAAGGGACACGCGAUGAGUAAUUAUAAUCGUGGAUGGGAUCUAGCAGGUAUUGUAUUUUUGUAUGACGGGACAUUACUCCUAUAGUCCUAUAUCUUGUUGGAUGUUUUAAUUGGCAUGUAUAGGCCUGGUUAUGGUGGUAUCUGUUGUGUUUCUGUGUGUAUCCCUCUCUCACGAUGCAGAACCCAAGUACAAAGGUUUGAGAAACCGGGGCUCCACCGACUACCUGAACAGCGUGCUUCAAGUGCUCUUCAUGACCAAAGAAUUCAGAGGCGCUGUCCAAAGUGAAAGCUCCCAUACCUCCUACAUCGAUGCUCAUCUCAAAGAUCUCUUCCGUCAGCUGAAGACCGGUUCACCCACUACGGAAUACAUCAUCUGCAAACUUGGGAUAGAAAAUGUAUGGAAGCAGCACGAUGCGGCGGAGUAUUUUGAGAAGAUGCUAAGUCUGGCGAGUCCUGAGGCCUCACAGGUUUUCCAUGGAAGGUUAAUUCACCGCACGUCAUGUUCGUGUGGCGUAAGCACUGAUGAUCACAAUUCAUUUUGGACUCUUAAUCUCCCUAUUAGCAAUGCCCACAAUGGAGUUUAUAACGUGGAAGACGGGUUGAAACGAUUUUUCAGCCAAUCAAAGUUAACCGGAGACAACCAAGUGUACUGUGAUGAGUGUGAGGUCAAAAGAGACACCAUUACUGAAUGUGAAGUAGGACUCUAUCCAAAGGUUCUUGUGCUGCUGCUCAAGAGAUUUGAGUUCAGCUACUACGAAAUGGACUACGUGAAAAACGACUGCCCUGUGGAUGUUCCUCUGGACAUUGAUAUUCCAAAGGGCGUGAGCUAUGAGCUCUAUGCCACCGUGGACCAUGUGGGGGACCUGAGGGGGGGCCACUACACAGCCACCAUCCAGCCUCCAGACGACAGAGGCUGCUGGUACGACUUCAACGACUCCAGGGUUACACCGAAAAUCAACUUUAAUCCAGAAAGGAGCCAGAACGGCUAUCUCUUUUUUUACAGAAAGAGAGAAAGACAAAUGAGUGAUUCACCCCAGGAGCACCACCACGGGUCGUCUGUGGACCAGGACGAGUCGGACACCAAUCAGAACAACACUGAUGACGGCUACGCCUACCACGAUAAUGAAGACCUCUUCCACACUCCACCCUCCCCCUCUGGGCCAUUGGAUGAACAGCCGGUGUGGGCGGGGAGGGGUGAUGUCACGAGAGGUGAUGAGGUCACGGAGGGGGUUGAUGUCACUGAGUGUGGUGAGGUCACAGGAGGUGAUGAGGUCACAGAGGGGGUUGAUGUCACUGAGUGUGGUGAGGUCACAGGAGGUGAUGAGGUCACAGAGGGGGUUGAUGUCCCUGAGCGUGGUGAGGUCACAGGAGGUGAUGUCGUGGCGGGGGACCCUCAAACAUUGGAGAGUGCGAGGUUAGACGGGAAGGGUGGCGAGCGCAUUAAGAGAGACGAAGAGCUUCCGACCAAUGAGAAGGAGUCUCGUGAACCAGGGGAUCAAGCUGUCCAACAGGAAGCCAGCGGCACCGGACCCAUUGUCAGCGGUCCAGAGGGCGGAGUUAACGAGAGGAGGCGGGGCCUCAGGGAAAGUAUGGGACUUUUGGAAGUCCGUGAGGAGGGGGAUACGGAGGGCGAUGUAAUACAGAAGAAACAUAGAAAAGUCUUUGACAUUCCAAACAGUCUCUCCCUAAGUGGAAUGUGUUUGAGCUCUAGGCCGAGAUUUGCAAAGCGUAAACCGAGACUGGGAAAUAAGGUUGACAUGGUCGAAGAUAAAAAAUCAAUUAAAAAGAGACGAAAGAAGAAUAGCUUUGAUUGUUACAAUAAGCAGACCUCGGAUACAGAAUAAAAGCCAGUUGAACUAGGCUUUUAAACAUUCCGGUUUUGCAUUGAACAUGUACUUAAACAUUGUGCCAGGUUGCAGCAUUCAAAGCUGAAUUGUGCCUUGGUUAGUGAAGUUAAGCUAGUUAGUCAAAUGAAAGGGCAUCAGCUGUGUUUUUGUUGGUGACACUAUCCCUUUUUAACAUUUAACUUGACCGGCACGAUGAUUACUAUUAAAACCUUGACUAUGUUUAAUCAGUCAUUUUUUGAAUCAAUCUGGUGUUUUGUUCUGCUUUCAUAGUUUGGGUGUGCUGUUUGUUAGACAUGGCCCAAAAUAAGCAUAGAUAAUAAGCACUUUUGGUGUGCUUAGAUAUUCACAUGAAGGACAAAAUAUGGGAAAUAACGCUUUAUAAUUAAUAUGGUCAUUUCGAAAUAAUUAUUUUGGGGGGCUGUCGAUGGAUAAUAAAAAAUAACUUUUCAAUCGCACAAUUUA